AUGGCCGCCAGCAAGGAGCCGGCGCGGGGGGCAUGUCCCGCAGGCUCACAGCCGCGCGCGUCCCACUGCAGCGCCCGGCGGCCGCCGCCGCCUCCUCCUCCGCCGCCGCCGCCGCCUCCAAGUUGUAAGCGGCGGCGGCAGCAGCAGCAGCAGCAGCGGGGAGGCGGGGGGCGGGGAGGCUGGGGGGGGGCCCCUCCGCUGGGGCCGCCACAGCCACCGCCACCGCGAGGCGGCUGGCGGGGCAGGGGCGGCGCGGGCCCGGGCUCAGCCGAGAAGGCGGACAGGCACAGGAGGCUGCUCGAGCGCCGGGGCCAGGCGUCCGGGAACCCCGACACCCUGCGCCAGACCCGGCCGAAGCAGCCCGCCCCACUGCGCAGGGCCAUGCAGGGCGGCCCCGCUGGGUACCGCGCGGGCCUCGCUGCCCUCCGCACCCCGCCCCCCGCUCCCGCGGGAAAAGCAGGGACGGGAACUGGAGCCAGAACGCGGCCGGAGGGCGGCCGCGGGGCCCCGCACCUCUGUGGGUCCAGCUUGCGGGUGGCGGCGCCCAGCAAGAAGCCUGCAGAUGGGAAAACUUCCAGCAAGACAGGAUCACGUGCCCAGGAUCCCACAGUGUUUCCGAUGUGGAGCCAGCGCUGGAAGCCUCUCCCUAGCUUCUGUCUAGUGCUCCUUCGAGGACCCUUGCAGCUUUCUGGCCCCAAGCUGAAAUGCCUUGACUGACCACCUACCAGCCCCAGGCGCUGGUUCUUCCUCUCCUCCACCCUCAGAAAUAGACCCGUGGACUCAGGCCCGCCCAGGCAGUGUCUGAGCCGUGGAAGUGGAGGGUUCCUCGUCCUCCCGUCCACUCCUCCCAUGUGCCACCUUCCAAGGUGCGGGACCUGUGGGUGGCAUGGAAGCUCUUUGGAGCAGAGCCUGGGGCUCAAACAUCUUCCCUGCGUCCCCAGCAUCCACCCCCAUGGUGUAUGCCACAUGGCAGCCCAGAGAGUCCGCUGGGGGCAGUGCCUCUGGGUCUGCCACCCUCGAAGCCCCUGUGGGUCUGGGAGUCCCAACUGCAGCCUCACCUGAAGAAGGAUGCGGAACUGAGGUGUGGCCAGAGUCCAGAAUUCCCCAGGGCCACAGUGAUUGGCUGGACUUGAACGUGUGAAGGUCCACCUCAACCAAUCAGAGCCCUCCUCUGGGUAGGGCUGUCAGCAGAUAGGUGACCUGAGGAGGGAGGCGGGUUCUUCCUGACGUUGAGAACCCGGCUGCAGGCACGUGGCACACACGCAAGGGUGAGCAAGUGCAUUCUCUCGUGGGUUUAAGCCACAGUCAGCUGGUCCCAAGUCUGCCCGGUGCUGCUGGUGCCCAUGUGCUGUGUUCACAGCUGUUUAUGCCCUCCAGCAGCCCCACCCUGGGCCUCCCUUGGACCUGUUUCUGUAAAACAGAUGUACCUUAUUAGCUAAUAAAGAACAUCAUGGUUUUAUAACUCU